CUCUCUCUCUCUCUCCCUCCGUCUCCUCAGUUUUUCAGGGCCCCGUCACCUUCAAAGUCUGUUCCCCCCGGCUUGCGGUACAUACGCGCAAGUUGCAGCUAUCAUUCCACCAAGAAAAGUUUGCAUAUUUGUUGCCGCCACCAUUGGCACGAGGCUCGGUGGGGUUGGACUUUUCGAGUCGCUUCGGUUUCGGCGAUCUUCCGGAGCUCCGACUUUCUCCGCCUCCAAGGGGCCUUCAAAUAGUGGGGAUCGAUUUUCGAAGGAAUCCUCGUCUGGGUCUCGUGUCUCAGCUGGUGGGUCUCCUAUGUUUCAGAGGAUGGCAAGAAAGAGGGUCAACAAAUCGGAAUCGUCUUCUGAAACAAUGGAGAGCCAUCGUCAGCAACUGUCCACGAGUGAAGGAAAAGGGAAGAGGUUGUGGAAGAAGGUGAAGUAUCAGCUUGUUGAAUACCACUCUUUACCCGCGUAUUUGAGGGACAAUGAGUACAUUGUCGGACAUUACCGAGCUGAGUGGCCUUUGAAGCAAACUUUUCUUAGCAUCUUCACCAUUCAUAACGAGACGCUGAACGUUUGGACCCAUCUGAUUGGAUUCUUCAUAUUUCUUUCCCUCACCAUAUAUACUGCUUCUAAGGUUCCAAAUGUUGUGGAUAUCCACUCUUUACAUCUCCCUGAUGUACUGAGAAAGGCCGAUCUACACAAAAUUCACGCAGAACUGAGGACAUCCCUCCCUUCCUUGCCUCAUAUGCCUGAUCUGCACAAGCUCAGGGAAGAGUUAAGGACAUCCAUGCCUUCCAUGGAUUUGUUGCCAUCAUUAUCUAGCUGGCAUGUGGUGGAACUUCUGUAUAAUUGUUUGCCUGAGCGGUUCUCCCAUAAUCACACUGAUGUUUGUGUUCUGCGGAGUAUGAAAGAGGAUGUGUUGAACAUUAUAGCUCCACUUGUGACCAGACCCAUUACACGGUGGCCCUUUUUCGUGUUUAUGGGUGGGGCGAUGUUCUGCUUGCUAGCCAGUAGCACAUGCCACCUCCUAUCGUGCCAUUCUGAGCGCUUAUCAUACAUCAUGCUCAGGCUUGAUUAUGCCGGAAUCGCAGCUCUUAUAGCCACUUCAUUUUACCCACCCGUAUAUUAUUCGUUCAUGUGCAAUCCCUUCUUCUGCAACCUUUACAUGGGAUUCAUAACCCUUUUGGGUAUAGCCACCAUCUUGUUUUCCCUCUUGCCAGUCUUUCAGAACCCCGAGUUCCGCACAGUACGCGCAUCGCUCUUCUUCGGGAUGGGAUUCUCCGGAGUAGCGCCCAUCCUCCACAAGCUCUUCUUGUUCUGGCACCACCCUGAGGCUCUCCACACUACUGGGUACGAGGCUCUGAUGGGAGCAUUUUAUGGUCUCGGAGCACUUGUUUACGCCAUGAGGAUACCAGAGAGGUGGAACCCCGGAAAAUUCGACAUUGCAGGACAUAGUCAUCAACUCUUCCAUGUAUUGGUGGUGGCAGGCGCAUACGCACACUAUCGUGCAGGUUUGGUUUAUCUUGGAUGGCGGGAUCUGCAAGGAUGUUGAACCCUGGGACAUUACUAAAAGAGAGGAACUCUGUAUAAAUUUGAUUUCUGCCUAUGAUUUAUCUGUAAAACUACGCAAAACUAAGGCAACAUGUAAACCUGGGAGUUCCAUUGUUUCAAGCAAGUAAAACACAA